AUGGCAGCAAAAGAUCGGAAAAGCCGCGAUGAUGCUCCCCCGCCUGAUACAAAAGUUGAAUUCGAGUUCGGCGGCGCGCCCGGCGUGACCCUGGUCAUGAUCGGCUUCCCGCUGCUGAUGUACUACAUGUACAUCGGUGCAGCCCUCUACGAUGGCCAUCUUCCCACCCCCGAGAAAGGACAAUCAUGGACAGACUUCCUCUCACACCUCAUCGACCUCGCAUACACCCAUGCCUAUCCUACCCGCAAAGCCUGGACCAUCUACUGGACCUUUCUCAUCCUCGAAGGCGCCGGGUACCUGUACCUCCCAGGCGUCUACGGCAAGGGAAAACGGCUACCCCAUCUCGGUGGGAAACAGCUUCCGUAUUACUGCUCCGCCGUGUCGUCGUGGUAUGUCACGAUCGCCACCGCGUUGGCACUGCACUUCACCGGUAUAUUCAAGCUGUACACCCUCAUCGACGAGUUCGGACCCCUCAUGUCUGUCGCUAUCUGCUCGGGAAUCCUCGUGUCGAUCGUGGCAUACAUCUCUGCUCUGGCGCGAGGAGCGGAGCACCGCAUGACAGGCUCGCAUGUCUAUGAUUUCUUCAUGGGCGCGGAGCUGAACCCGCGGCUGUUUGGCUGGUUGGAUUUCAAGAUGUUCUUCGAGGUCCGCAUUCCGUGGUUCAUCCUGUUCCUGUUGACAUUGGGAACGGCCCUGAAGCAGUUUGAGGAGUAUGGGUUCGUCUCUGGGGAGGUGCUCUUCUUGCUCAUGGCCCAUUUCUUAUACGCCAACGCCUGCGCCAAGGGCGAGGAAUUGAUCAUCACCAGCUGGGACAUGUACUAUGAGAAAUGGGGAUUCAUGCUCAUCUUCUGGAAUUUGGCAGGCGUCCCCAUGAGCUACUGCCACUGCACUCUGUAUCUGGCCUUGCACGACCCAUCCACUUACCACUGGAACCCCUGGGUUCUCGCUGUGUGGGCCGUUGCAUACUUGUUCAUGUAUUGGGUCUGGGAUACCUGCAACAGCCAGAAGAACUUUUUCCGCGCCCAGGAACGCGGCGUCACCGUCGACCGCAAGUCGUUCCCCCAGUUACCCUGGAAGUACGUCGAGAAUCCUCAGUCCAUCCCGACAAAGACCGGCGAUUCAAUCCUUUGCGGCGGAUGGUAUGGCAUGGCGCGCAAGGUGCAUUAUACAUGUGACGUGUUCUUCGCAAUUUCCUGGGGCCUCAUUACCGGGUUCAACUCGCCAUUUCCCUGGUUCUAUGCUUGCUUCUUCACCGUCAUGAUUAUCCAUCGCGCAAGACGGGAUAUCAUGCGCUGCCGGGAGCGGUACGGGGAGGCUUGGAUGGAGUAUGAGCGUCGGGUCCCUUAUCUCUUCAUUCCAUACGUCAUUUGA